GAAUUUGAUAGUAACGUUGCAGAAAGGGAGGGACGUGGCGACAAGUAAAAACAACAAAUAAAUUAAGUAUUUGCGUAGAGUUUUUCAAUAAUAUUAUAAGCCUUUUCGUCCUUUCGAGUAUUAUGUUGAAUAAAAUAAUAUAUUUAUUGCAGAAAAGGCGGGCUCAAAACUAGGUGCUGCCACCGUUAGUUUACCUCACAUAAGUCGUUGACUCUCUGACUCUUGGUUGCAUCAGCCAUGAACUCACAAAUCGAUUUUUUAAUUUGAUAAUAUAUUGUUUGACUCUUUCCAAUUUCUCCAUCUUCCCCUCGAAGCUAUACAAAAUGAAUAUGAUUUUGUGCACCAUUCAAUAAAAAUAAUCUAAAAUAUAACCAUAAUUUGAAAAAAAAAUAAAACACUUUAAUAAAAAAGAAAAUGGUUGGAAUUCAAUCUUUAUAUAAGUAUCACAAAUUUAGUGGAUAGAUUUACCCUCACCCUCAUCACCUGAGAGAGAUUAUGUUGUGUUAUCAGUGAUUAUACUUAUGUUUUAUCAAAAAAAAAAAAUGCAUGCAUAUUAGAAUGAUGAAAAAAGAUAUUUUUAAUUAUAUUUAUAUUAUUUUUUAUCAGAGAGCACAAAAUAUUGUGGCAUGCUCGGAAUAUUUUAAUAAUUUUCUUUUUCCAACUUGACGAGCAGUGAAUGUUUCAGGGGACAUGAUGGCAAAAUUUUCCCCUCGCAUCAACAUAGGAUCAAUACUUGGUUUUCAGGAGGAUGCUGGGCAGUAAAAUUUAAGAAUAAAUAUUUCCUCCCUGCACUACUUUGCUUUCAAUGUAAAAUAACGAGAGAAACUUGAUGUGGUAGUUACAGGUGUCCAGAGUUGCUCGUCGCAGACAAGACAAUCUUCGUCCCAGAAUGGAGCUCAAUAUUGGCGUUGCAUUAAAACUUUGACCCGUUAGACUUCCGGUCAGGUUAUUCCUGAGCACAAACCCAGAGAUUAUAUCAACGGCUAUUAAAAUGACCCAGCAAAAAUGGAAAAUAAUUAUAUUUCCUUUUUAGAGGUCAGAGUGUCAUACAACUUGCAUUCACCAUGUCAUGAAAAACGACCCCUAAUUUCAUGGGACUUAAGCAUCUACAACUACAAAUUGUGAAUUUGUUUGAAAAUUUAUUUUGAAAAUAAUUUUUUAUUCUCCAAAAUAAGAGAAUAAAAAAAUCUAUUUAAUAAUGUAUUUUCAAAAAGUAUUUUAAAAAAUAAAAAAUAAAAUAUUAUUUUGAAGAAUAAAAAAAUAAAAACAACUUUUAAAUGUUCUGUGAUUAUUGUUUUAAAAAAUAAAAAAAAAAAAAAAAUAUUUAUUUUUAUUAUUUUUUUAUUUUCAAAAUAUAUUUUAUAAAAUAUUAAUUUUUAAAAUAAUAAAAUAAAAAUAAUUUCAAACAGUCUCUGCAUGUUUCCGCAAAAGUUCUAUGUACCUUGGAUUGUAUUUUAAAUAUAAAAGUAAGACAACAGGGGGGAAAAAAGAAAAAGCUAUGUUGUGGGGCUGGGAAAUUGGGCUCAUGUUUCACUUAGGCCUAUACUUGGUGGGCUCUUUACGUAGCCCUAAUCAAAAUUGGGCUUUAAACCCAAUGUGUAGUCAAUCUAAAGGAGAAUUCAUCAGCAGAAGAAUACCAGAAUCCCAAUCUAGGGUUUAAGCAAACCGCGAGAACCCGAUAACUCUUCGUCGAAGAAAUCACGUUUCCAGGAAUGUUUGUGCGUGAGCCUGACAAGGCUGCAGUGCUGAAGCAGCUAAAAUCUCAUGUUGCCAUGUUCUGUGCUUGGGUCGUGCAAUUCGAGUCACCCCUUACGUCUUCCACUAUCUCGUCGGCGAGAAGGACGAGCUCAAGCUAGAACUCUAGAUUCUGACCUCCAGGAAUGUCGAUGAUCCUUCUGCAUUCAAUCAAUAUAUUAAAGAAUAAAAAGAAAUUGGAACUAAAUUCAGGAUUCAGGAAUCUCCUUUCUCGUUCGAAUGGAAUUAAAGUCCAAGCAAACAACCAAACGCACUUGUCAUGGUAAUCCUGUUUCCAUUUCUUGAUCUAAUGUGUUUAUUUGACAUCAACCAAACGGGCGAUCAAAGACUUUGUGACCUCUCUAGUUGCAUCUCGGUUCAGAGGUAUCAACUGAGCCUAUGGCCUUAUGGUCUUUUACGAGAAGGCUUUCACUAAGGCACUUUCAACUUCUUCUUCCUCGCAUACUUCACCCAUCAAAUCUCACAGUCACACCUCACCAUCUCUCUCAGGGUUUUCAGCAAACAGUUUCCCUACCGUCUCACUUCCUUAAACCUUCAUUCUCUUAUCACUCUCGAGCUCUCAGCGAUCCCAUCGACUUCAAUGCUGAUAAGUUCCAUUUCCGUGGGGAUCCAAGUGACCCAGUUCUACAGCAGUUCCUUGAAUUGCUCAGAAAGGUCGAUUAUAGUUCAUCACAAGCAGAGGCCAUGGCCUUUCUGGAUGGAUCAGGUAUCAAAGCUAAUAGAAAUUUAAUUGGUUCGGCGAUUUGGGAACUGAGGGAAGAGUACGAUGCUGCUUUUUCGUUUAAAUGGGGUAAGAAGUGGAAUUGCAAUGAUGAAAAUGUUUAUCAAUUGAUGAUAUGGGUCUUGGGCUAUCAUCGGAAGUUUUCUACUGCAUGGGGUUUGAUUCAAGAUAUGCAUCGGUCUUCUCUAUGUACUCGGCAGGCUAUGCUUAUUAUGAUUGAUAGAUAUGCAUUUGGAAAUGACUCAGCCAAGGCUAUUCAAACAUUCAACUUCAUGGAGAAGUUCAGAAUGACCCCUGAUAAUGAAGCAUUCCAUGCUUUUCUGCAUGCACUUUGUAAGCAUGGGCACAUUGAAGAGGCUGAAGAGUUUAUGCUUCUGAAUAAGAAGCUCUUCCCUCUUGAGACCGAGAGUUUUAACAUUAUUCUGAAUGGGUGGUGUAACAUAUCCGUAGAUAUACUUGAAGCGAAAAGAGUUUGGAGAGAAAUGUCGAACUAUUGUAUAACACCAGAUGCUACCUCAUAUAGCCACAUGAUUUCUUGCUUUUCAAAGACAGGAAAUCUUUUUGACUCGCUUAGACUUUAUGAUGGGAUGAAGAAAAGGGGUUGGGUCCCUGCGAUGGAGGUUUAUAAUUCUUUAGUUUAUGUUUUGACUCGUGAAAAUUGCUUGAAGGAAGCUCUGAAAAUGAUAGAUGAGAUGAAAGAAGGUGGCUUGCAGCCAGAUUCUGCCACCUUUAACUUAAUGUUACUCCCUCUUUGCAAAGCAAGAAAGCUAGUACAUGCAAGACUGUUAUUAAAUACAAUGGUAGAGGAGAAUCUUAGACCGACGAUUGAAACCUUCCACGCAUUUCUUGAGGGAACAGAUUAUCAAGGGACAUUGGAAUUUCUUAUUAGGAUGCAAAGUGACAGUUUAGGGCCUAAUGGGGACUCCUUUCUUAUAAUUCUUGAGAAAUUCUUUAAGUGGGAGCAACCUGUAAAUGCAUUAAAAAUUUGGCAGGAAAUGAAAACUUUUGAAGUACUGCCCAGCUGUAUGCACUACAGAAGAAUGGUUGAAGGGCUUGCGACUUGCGGGUGGCUAGUUAAGGCCCGGGAAUUUCACAAGGAGAUGAUAUCAAACGGAUUUUUGGAAGAUCCAAGGCUAAAGAAGCUCUUGCUGGAAGAAGUGUUUGAUAGUAGCGACAAAGGUAGACAGCAUGUUAAAGUGACCAAGAGCGGUAGAAGCAAAAGCAAGAUGAAACAAAAGUAUCCAUGAGAGGCUCAAGAAGGAACACAAUCUCACAAAAGCUGCCGUGGUUUAUCUUGCUAGCCAAUCUUCGACUGUAAUGAAUGCCAUAAGAUCAAGUGCCCAUAUUGGUCAAUAAUAUGGUGCUGCUGCUUUGCAACAGGUUCUUACUAUCGAUGUACAUCUGUAGCAGCGCAAUUUUUUGCCCCUUUAUAAUUGGGCAAUUCUUGCAUGCAUCAUGUCCAUGCAUCCAAUGGGUGAGAUUGUGUCUGCAGAUGAAGAGCUCACACCAAGACCCAGACACAAGAAUUUUCCCACCUGUCCCAAUCUUUGAUUAUUUUGGUUUCCAUAACAAGAGCAUAUUUACUGAAGACAUGGGAUAGAUUUUUUAAGAGAGGCUGCUGUUGUAUAUUUGGCAUCUUUCAAUUAUGGAUGAUAUGAAUAUAGAUCCGAUCUCAUCAGGACAUUCUCGUUAUGAAAUUUUCACCCCUCUGGCUCA